UUCAAUCAAGUUGGCAGCUCCAUUCGACCAGCUGUUGUCGCGUGCCACUAAUAAUUUGUAUAAACGAAUUUGUUUUAGUCAAUUUUAGAGAUAUUUAAAUAUGCAGUGCACUCGGGCAGUUGCAAGGCUGGCCACCGGCAUAUCCAAAAUCCACUUGGUAGGUCAGCCUUUUAAACAGACUGCAGGUUGUUCAGUCGUAUAUUCUCAGUCCUGCCGUCUGUGCUCGUCCGCCAGGGUAAUGGACAGUGCGGAUAAAACAAAGCCGACGACACCAGAACCUCCAGCCGACCACGGGAUUCUCAAGAGAGUAAUGAACAAAGUGGGCUUCACACCCAACACAAAGGCGCGCCUCAAGGUAACCAGUCAUCUGUUGUAUGAGAGCGUGGCGGAUAAGAUCAACUAUGUCGCCUUCUUUCGUGACUUCAGUCUGCCCAACACGUUCAACUCGUGGUUCCUGGUCACAGAGCUGCACGUCUGGCUGCUCUUGAUGCGCUCCAUGGCCGAGGGCUCGGAGACCGGCGAGGAUGGACGCUUUCUGCGCAACUGCAUCGUGGAGGCAAUGUGGGGAGAUGUAAACACCCGUGCCAAGAAGUUGGGAGCACACAAUCCCUCCCGAACAAGGCAACAAAUCGAGACGCUAUCGGAGCAAUUUCAGGCCGCACUCAUUGCCUACGACGAGGGUAUCAUGUCGGACGACCGCGUGCUGGCCGGCGCCCUGUGGCGACGCUUCUUCGAGAUGAACUGCGAUGACUAUGCGCAGAUUGAGAGACUCGUUAAAUAUGUGCGCCAGCAAGCCGUCAUGCUGGACAGCUUGCCCCGGGAACAGUUCAUCACAAAGCCAAAGGUGGCCUGGCUGGAUCUGGACAAAUGCAAGGUGUAAUUUUAGUGUUUCUGUUUAGUCUGUUCUUUUUUUGGCUAAAGUUGAGAAUAUGUGAAAGCCUAUAAACUAAAUAACCAAAUCA